UGUGAUGUUGUUUACUAGUUCGACACUUUUCUAGUGUUCCGUCAUGUUUCUUGUUUGUUUUUUUGUUUUUUUUUACUAAUUUGAUAAUUUUCUAGUGUUCCGUCAUGUUCGGGCAGGAUUUCACCUCCGACUACGUCUGCGUCACUCCGCACAAAGACGACUGCGUUUACACCCGCUGCUACUGCGAAGAAAACGUGUGGAAACUGUGUGAGUUCAUCAGUGCACAGAAACAAGUACCGGCCGGAGAAGUUCAUGUGGUUUUCAUAUCCAACGAGAGAAGAAUGAUUCCUCUCUGGAAACAGAAGUCCGGACAAGAGGAUGAACCAGUGAUCUGGGAUUAUCAUGUGAUCUUGCUCCACGUUAGCGUGCGGUGGGGGCAGAGUUUCAUUUAUGACUUGGACUCCACACUGCCGUUCCCCUGCGACCUCCAGCUGUACGCCGCCCAGGCGUUCCGCUCUGACCAGCAAAUCAAGUCCAACUUCCACAGCGAGUCUUUACAACGACCAGACUGGAACUCUCAUUCGCUCUCUGACAGGAAGCUGCGUGUGGUGUCAUCUGAGGACUUCCUGAAGACGUUUGCAUCGGACCGCUCCCACAUGAAGGACACUGAGGGAGCCUGGCGCAUGCCCCCCCCUCCAUACCUUCCAAUUCACACUGCAGAGUCGGUAAUGAACCUAGAUGACUUCAUCAGCAUGGAGCCAGCCAUGGGACCAGGACGAGUCUACUCCCUGUCAGAGUUUGUCACUCAGUUUGGAAGACAAAGGUCACAUGACUCACCAGCAGCAGUCUGACCCAAACCUUCCAUCUUCAUCUGCCGAGACCCGUUUGGCUGAUGAAGCGGGAGUGGACCGGAAUGGGAAAUGACUUGAUAUUAAAGGGAAUGGGACCCUGUCCGCUGUUACUGAUCCGUUGAAAAGAAACGUCUGCUGGUUUAUUUUAUUAUAUGUAAAAGGCAAGCAGGCAGUCCACCUGGAAUGAUGUGUAUUUAUUUUGAACCAUGACAUUCAGAGACCUCUGUUACUGCUGGUAUACUGGUGAUGUUCAGUGGUCCCCAGAGACCUCUGUUACUGCUGGUAUACCCAUGAUGUUCAGUGGU